AUGGCAAAGUGUGGAGCAUGCGGCCGCUACCUAUCGGCGACAGAUGGCGUUACCUGUGGUAAAUGUGAUGCCACAUAUCAUCGAGGCUGCCUUAACUUAUCUGAAAAGGUAAAGAUAUCAACUUCCUGGAUGUGCCCAGCUUGUAAGAGUAAAGUUCCUCGUGCUGGGGACAAUUCUAAUACACCGGUAAAGUGUCAGGAUGUCGGAGAUAGUAGUCCCGUCCAAAAAGACAUUGACAUAGGCCUAGAAAUACGCCUGUUUCGUAAUGAGCUCAGUGCAAUGCGCAAUGAGCUGAAGGAGAUCAGGGACAAUUUCGCCAUGUUAAGGGAUACAAUGCUCGUGUGUAAUAAAAAUUUGGAAGAAAUUGACUCUAGGGUCACCAAGUUGGAGAACCGAAUGGAAGAACGUGAGCACAAAUGUAAGUCCAUGGGUCUUGAGAAUACAAUAGCUGAAUUAAAGAUCCAAUUAGGCGAGAGGGAUCAGGACCUGUUAGCCAAUGACUUGGAAAUCUCAGGUCUACCGGAACAAAAGGGUGAAGUAGCCAUUAACACUGUGAUACUAUGUGCUAGAAAGUUAGGCCUUGAUAUUGACCACCGUGAAAUUGUCCAUGCCGAGCGUGUCGGAAUAUUACGCAAAUCUAUUGACGACAUUAAUAGCUCUCAAGAAGAAGUUCGUUUGGGACCACGUAGAAUUAUGGUGCGGAUGAGCCGGCGAGCGCUGCGAGAUGAAUUUUUACGUUCCGCGCGUGUUCGACGAACAGUAACCACUGAGUCACUGGGGUUACCCGGCGAGCCGCGUCGGUUUUACGUGAAUGAGCGGUUAACACCUUUGAAUAGGAAGUUGUUUGGUAAGACUCGCGAGGCAGCGAAAAAAGCAAAAUGGCGUUAUACUUGGACGAAGGGUGGACAUAUUUUUGUGAGAAAGGAAGAUGGAAAGCCUGUAACGCGAAUUCGGUCCGAAGCAGACCUUCAGCGUGUUUUUUGUUAA